UGGUGCCUCAGGCAGUGGGACCACAGCCUAGGUGCCUCUUGUGUCACCCCAGGCCUGGGGGCAAAGCCCGGGAAGGCAGCCCCAGAAGCAGGCCUUCCUAUUCAAUGUGGCUCCAGAAGCUUCCUCUGAAGUUCAUAGUUUAGACAUUAACAGACAUGGCUCUUCUAGGAGGCUCUACCAGGAAGGAGGACUGAGUCCACCAAGGCCUCCUUGGGACCCCUAGCUGGGCCUGGGCAGCCUGGGGCAGUGGGGAUGCCACCUUAGAGGCAGGCAGCUCAAGGGCAGGGCCAUAGCAGCAGCAGCAGCAGCAGCAGCCCAACUUGGUGGCACAGUAGUUGUUCACAUUGUGCAGAGAGGACAACAAUGCCUAAGGAAGGGUCCAGGGCAACUUCCGGGAUCGGGAUCACUGGCCUCUGGGAUCUAUGGAGCUUGCAGAGCGGGGUCCUUAUUAUUGGAGACGACCAUAUCAUUUCCAUUUUUCUUGAGGUUGCUUGCCCUGGUACCUCUUUCCUGUUCUGACUCCCACCCCAAUUCCAAGGCAUGAGGCACCCCGCUGUGUUCUCAGCAGUGAAGACAGAGAACCCCAGUUUCAUCAGUGACUACCCAAGCACUUCCCAGGCUGAGACCCCGAGUAGGUCCCAAAUGGCUCCAGUUCAAACCUGCUAGGCAGGAGAUUUCCAUCAAAUCGUCCAGCCUCUGCCGGCCAACCCCAGAACCCAACAGGAAGCAGACACCCGCCUGUCAAACCUCAGUGGCAUUAGCUAAGAGACAGCUUAUCCAGACAGGACCCCGCUGAAGUCCACCAGGGUGUCGACAUUGCGAAUGCAGCCCUACCUGGCUUUGUCUUGGGGCUGCUUUCAGGGGCUCCCCUGAGCUGGGUCCAUUUCUCCCUGGCAGCUUCCCACAGAGCCCACUGAGUUCUGCUUCAAGGAUGGAAUCAGGUGAGGGAUCCUCAAUGUCCCCAGAAGCUGUCACCAAUGCUGGGCCUGGCAGCUCCUCCCUGGGGAAGCUUCGGGAGCUUCCUAUUGGAAUUGGCACCCACCAGGGGGAUCCUGACAGCCUGGCUGCAGCAGGAGAUGGCACUCCAGACACCUGCCCCCUGGGGGAGCCCAGAAGCAUCAUGAAGAUCCCCAACCGGGACAGUGGGAUUGACAGCCCGUCCUCCAGUAUAACCUGUGAGAACUUCCCCUGUGAGGAGGGCACUGAGGUCCCCCCAGGUCCUACGAUGCUGGGGCUGCACUCUGAGACUGGUGUGGACAGCCAGGCGUUGCAGGACAGCCCCCAGGAGGAGGCUGACAGUGACGUGGGUGAGGAGCCUGACCCCGAGAAGAGCCCUGCUAGAGCUGAGGAGGACACCGGCCUGGCCCAGUGUUCUGACCCGCAGAAGCUGUUCAACAUCGCCCAGGAGCUCCUGCACACUGAAGAGACCUACGUUAGGCGGCUGCACCUGCUGGACCAGGUUUUCUGCACCGCGCUGACGAAAGCGGGGAUCCCUUCGGAAGUCACUACUGGCAUCUUCUCUAACAUCUCCUCCAUCUACCGCUUCCAUGGUCAGUUCCUGCUGCCCGAGCUGCAGCGGCGGAUCACGGAGGAGUGGGACACAAACCCUCGGCUUGGGGACAUCCUGCAGAAGCUAGCCCCGUUCCUGAAGAUGUAUGGCGAGUAUGUCAAGAACUUUGACCGGGCGGUGGGGCUGGUGAGCACAUGGACCCAGCGCUCGCUGCCGUUUAAGGACGUUAUCCACAGCAUCCAGAAGCAGGAUGUGUGUGGGAACCUGACGCUGCAGCACCACAUGCUGGAGCCCGUGCAGAGGGUCCCCCGCUACGAGCUGCUGCUCAAGGACUACCUGAAGAGGCUCCCCAGGGAUGCCCCGGACUGGAAGGAUGCGGAGAGGUCCCUGGAGCUCAUCUCCACAGCCGCCAACCACUCCAAUGCUGCCAUUCGGAAGAUGGAGAAAAUGCACAAACUCCUGGAGGUGUACGAGCAACUGGGUGGAGAGGAAGACAUCGUCAACCCGGCCAACGAGCUGAUCAAGGAGGGCCACAUCCAGAAGCUGUCGGCCAAGAAUGGCACGGCCCAGGACCGCCACCUCUUCUUGUUCAACAGCAUGGUCCUCUACUGUGUGCCCAAACUGCGACUCAUGGGCCAGAAGUUCAGUGUCAGGGAAAAAAUGGACAUCUCUGGUCUCCAGGUGCAGGAUAUCGUCAAGCCAAACGCAGCACAUACAUUCAUCAUCACAGGAAGGAAAAGGUCCCUGGAGCUUCAGGCCCGGACAGAAGAGGAGAAAAAAGAAUGGAUUCAGGUCAUUCAGGCCACCAUUGAGAAGCACAAGCAGAAGAGCGAGACCUUCAGGGCGUUCAGCAGUGCCUGCAGCCUGGACGAGGACUCGGGCCUCUGCCCAGAUUCCCCGAUGGUGAGCACAAGCUCCAUGGAGCCUGCAUUGGUGACCGAUGGCAGUGGGGGUGCCAUAGGGCUCGAGUCCAGAAAACUCUCCUCGAAGGCCAAGCGCGACAAGGAGAAGCAGAGCUGUAAGAGCUGCGGUGAGACCUUCAACUCCAUCACCAAGAGGAGGCAUCACUGCAAGCUGUGCGGGGCAGUCAUCUGUGGGAAGUGCUCUGAAUUCAAGGCUGAGAACAGCAGACAGAGCCGGGUCUGCAGAGGGUGUUUCCUGGCAGAGCGGGUAGCCCCUGCAAGUCCCAGUGCUGAGGCUCCUUCAGAUUCCAAGCAGAGCACAGAGAAACCACCCGCUGUGGAUCCCCAGCCCAGCCUCAUCUGCGGCCCCCUGUGGCUGUCAGACAAUGGCACAUCCUGGAUUGAGGUAUGGGCCACCAUCCCCGCAUCGGACCCCCGGGUGCUGGACCUGCGUGGCAGCAGCGAGGAUGGCCGGCUGCCGCACGCCAUCCCUCUGUCUGGCUGCACGGUGGGCACUCCAGACCCCGAGGAGGGGCUGACAGCGGGACACCUGUGGAAGCUGCAGCAGGGUCAGCAGCGCUGGUACUUCAGGGCCCCCUCCAGAGAGCUGCAGCAGAGCUGGCUGGGAGCCCUGCGUGCUGCUGCCCACGGGGACACCACCCAGGAGAGCCCUGGUGCCCCGCAGCCCCAGGCCCCGACUGGCACAGCUUCUUCCUGAGCAAAGCUUUGCUCUCUGUGACAAUGACACGUGGAGCCUCUGUUCUCCUGGGAGGCAACGUCUGACCACAUGAAGAAGUGAAGCACUGCGGGGGUGGGGCUGUGGGAAGUCGGACGGCUCAGACCCCGGAGGGUCUCUCUGCUUUGAUGAGGAGAAACUGAGGCCCCGAGAAGACCACCCACUUGCCCAGAGUCACCCAGCACGUCCCAGGAAAGAGCCCAAGCCUGGCUCCAGCCCAGCAGUGUGACGGGAGCAGGGAACGUGGGCUACUGCCAAAGGCAACGUCCUCUGAGUCGGUCCUGUGGUCGCUUUGGCUCGUGAGACAGAGGAGGCUGUGUGGGUGCUGCCCAGCGAGGACCACUUCCCACCGGGUCUGCCGUUGCUCCUGGAGUGGGCAGUGCUGCCUGGGGUCUGCCCUGGCCCCUGUGGAACUGGACUGGGACUUGCUUCUUGGGGCUCAGACAGGGCGGCGAGCUGUGAGGCAGAGCCUCGGAGAGGGCAGAGAAGGAAGGUAGAGCCCCAGGGUGGACCUGCCCUGUCCCACAGGACUCACAGUUCCUGAACAAUCACACUCAGAAACACUGCUGGGAGGCUGGCCCUGGCCCUGUGUGGUGGGCGUGGGAGACUGUGGCUGUCCCCUUCGCGGGUGGAUGCCGUGCUUGUCUGUGUAAAUAAACACUGGCUCUCAGCACGUG